ACCACUCCCAGACAGUCCGAGCAAACUUUUAUCUUGAGAAAUUGCUCUUUGCUAAGAAACUAUUUUUAUGUUUUUUAAUCGACGAUUUUAAUUUAAAACAAUCACAGCAAGGUACUUAAUUGUUACCCAGAAAUGAUUAGAUAAUGAGAUUAAAACGGCUUCAUUGGACCUUUUUAAAUUCAGCUACAGUCAUAGGGUGGAUAGCUGUAGGUUGGUACACUCUUUUGGGUGGGGAGAGAUGGUCGAAAACCAUUUAUAGGAGAUCAUCAUAAAUGUUUGACCAUCCAGCACCGUCUACGAGUGCGUCAAGAGGGUAUUUUUGUGGAGUAGCGCUUGUUGCAGGGUAGCCUAUGACCUUUACGUCAUCUCGGGAGAGGCAAAGGUGGAGAGCCACAUGACCCUGCCAAGCCGCACUGCUUCUUGACAAACUGCUCGCUUAACCCGGAAGCCAGCCACACCAAUGUAUCCGAGGAAACACCGUACACCUGGCGACUGAAGUCUUCUUGCAGGUGCCCGGCCCGCCACAAGGAGUCGCAAGGACAAGGGAAUCCGGCCAGACAAACCUUCCCCUAACCUGGAUGACUCUGGGCAUAUUGUACACCUCAUGGGUCUCCCGGUCACGGCAGGCUGUGACACAGCCUAGGAUCAAACCCGGAUAUAUGGAGGAUGGGAAGACUGCUUCAGCUACUGAUAUUGGCUUUGAUUCUAUUGAUCUGCAUUUAUCUUUUAUUUGUAUGUCAAUUCAACCAGUGCCUGCUGAAUGUGUCACCAUCCAAUCAUCUCAAAUACAUCCACACUAGCUUCACAAGUCAUAGUGGAAUCACCAACAGGACAUUUACACCAACCAAUGACUCCUUAAUAAGUAAAGAGGAAUGGGAAUCUCUGCUCACAGAGCUACAAUGGUCAUUACCGCCUGUUGUCCUCUUAUCCACAGCUGAGGCCACAAACCCCACUAAGUGUUCAUUCUCUGUUGUCAACCCCAAUUCAACCCACACAGUUGGAGGGUUUAUAGAUGUGAUUUUGAUAGCUAGAGAUACUAAAAACAGGAUCAAAACCUAUGGAGGGGACUUUUUUCAGGCCAAGUUGUUUAAUUCAGAACUUAAGGCCAGUACUUAUGGAGCUGUAACAGACCACUUUAAUGGCACCUACACUGCCCGUCUGGCCCUGCUUUGGCCCGGACCUGCCAAGGUGUCCAUCCGCCUAGUGCACUCUAGCGAGGCCGUGCAGGUACUGUGUAGGCAAAGGGAACAGGACCCAGAUAAGGUCUACUUCCAUGGCUACUUUGAGGAGGGUGGCAAGCAGGAAACGGUGAUGUGCAAUGCCCAGAGAAGUCCUCGGCUGGUGGGGAAUGACACACAGUGUUGCUGUGAGUACAGAGAGCCAGUCACUGGGGAGACCUGGUUCUGUCGUCGGCCAUCUUCCCUGCCUUGCCAUGCUUUGACCUACCACAGCAUGGGCGGUUACCAGGCAGUACUCUCCAAGGUGGAAACGACCCUUCUAAAGAGUUCCACAAACAUUAUUGUACCAGGUGACGAUUCAGCUAUCGAUGUCCAGCAACAGGACACUGAAAUCCGAUCACAAACAAAAUGUCGUCCUGGUUUGCACACCUCAGUACCAGCUGGAUUCUACCUCCAGGAUCACUGGACAUCCCUGGUGUGUGACUCAAAAUCCUUUCCCUCAGCUAAACUGAUAUCUGGAUGCCUGAAGGACAAACAGAUCCUUAUGAUGGGUGACUCCACUCUCCGUCAGUGGUUCGACUACCUGGAGGAAACUGUGCCAACAUUGAAACGCCUGAACCUUCACACAUCAAGCAAAUCGGGCCCCUUUGAGGCAGUCGACACCCAGUCCAACACCCGUAUUAUCUGGCGGGCCCAUGGGAUACCUAUACGGACAAGCAAGACCCCCUGGGCUGACCUUCACUACAUCGCCAGGGAGGUGGAGGGUAUGGCAGGGGGUGCACACUCUGUAGUGGUCUUCACCAUCUGGGCUCAUUUCACCACGUACCCACUGGCUAUGUACGCACACCGUCUGGCCGUCAUCCGUAGGGCUGUGGCGUCGCUCCUUAGUCGAUCUCCCACUACUCUGGUAGUGAUCAAGUCAGCCAACACGGGCUACAAGGAUGUGUAUGGCAGCGACUGGCUCUCCUGGCAGCUCGACAUGGCACUCAGGGAAAUUUUCAGGGACUUGCCCGUGGUCCUCAUCGACGUUUGGCAGAUGACCUCCUGCCACUAUUCUCCGGACAACAUACACCCGCCCUCUGUGGUGAUCCAAAAUGAAGUGGAUCUCUUCCUGUCCUUUGUUUGUCCACAGUCUAAAAUGUUGUAGUCAUGCCUGUAAUAACAUUGUGCCUUACUGUAUACAAAAUGCUGUCUCCGAAAGAAAUCUACAGUAUAUUGGAAAAGGGAUUGUAAUGUUAGGAAGAUAAUUCCUUUAAAAACUGUUUGCCUUAUUCAAAAUGAAUGUAAAGCUUUUCUAACUGGCCUUAUUUUAAAAUAAAAACUACUUUAACUAUGAA